CGACUGGUUCCUUGUUUAUCGUCGCCGAAUUUCUGGCGAAUACGGUUGAAGAUUUUGAUUCCGAACUACUCCAAAGAUAAAAAUGGCGAAUCCGUUCUUCUAUGUGUUCUUGAUUUUGAUUAUCAUGCAAGUUCCAAGCUCUUCAUCAAAAACAGAAGCGAUAGAAGCAAUCCUCAACCGCUUAGAUUCCAAGCGGUUGCCUUCAUCAGUUCAAGAAUCAGCAGCUAAAUCCGUUCUGAAAAGGUUGCUUCCUACUCAUGUAGACAGUUUCGAGUUCAAGAUUAUCUCCAAGGAUGCUUGUGGUGGAAGAGGUUGCUUUUUGAUAGAAAAUUACAACAGCUCAAGCCAGGAUGGACCUGAGAUAAUGAUUAAAGGCACUACUGCUGUUGAAAUUGCAUCUGGGCUCCAUUGGUAUAUUAAAUAUUGGUGUGGUGCUCAUGUUUCUUGGGACAAGACUGGUGGCAUUCAGAUAGCAUCUAUCCCCAAGCCAGGAUCAUUGCCUCUCAUAAAAGAUGGAGGAGUGAUGAUUCGGCGGCCAGUCCCAUGGAGCUAUUACCAAAAUGUUGUCACAUAUAGUUAUUCCUAUGUUUGGUGGGACUGGGAAAAAUGGGAGAAAGAAAUAGACUGGAUGGCUCUUCAAGGGAUCAACCUGCCCUUGGCAUUUACAGCACAGGAGACCAUUUGGCAAAAAGUUUUUAUGGAUUUUAAUAUCAACAAAGAAGAGUUGAAGGAUUUCUUUGGCGGUCCUGCUUUCCUUGCUUGGGCUCGAAUGGGAAAUCUACAUGGAUGGGGUGGGCCUUUGUCUGAAAACUGGUUGGAACAGCAAUUGACUUUGCAGAAAAAGAUAGUGUUUCGGAUGCUAGAAUUAGGCAUGACUCCAGUGCUUCCAUCAUUCUCUGGGAAUGUUCCAGCGGCUUUGAAGAAAAUUUUUCCUUCAGCAAAUAUAACUAGACUGGGGGAUUGGAACACUGUGAAUGGUGAUCCACGUUGGUGCUGCACUUAUCUUCUCAAUCCUUCAGAUCCUUUAUUUAUUGAGAUUGGGGAGGCCUUUAUUAGGAAACAAAUUGAAGAAUAUGGGGAUGUGACGGACAUUUAUAACUGUGACACAUUUAAUGAAAAUUCCCCACCCACAAGUGAUCCAACUUUUAUCUCAUCACUUGGUACUGCUAUCUAUAAAGCAAUGUCCAAAGGAGACAAGGAUGCUGUGUGGUUAAUGCAAGGCUGGCUUUUCUACUCGGACUCAACUUUCUGGAAGCCACCACAAAUGAAAGCACUCUUGCAUUCUGUUCCAUUUGGGAAAAUGAUAGUUCUUGAUUUAUUUGCUGAAGCCAAACCAAUAUGGAAAAAUUCCUCUCAAUUUUAUGGCACUCCUUAUGUCUGGUGUAUGUUGCAUAAUUUUGGGGGAAAUAUUGAAAUGUAUGGCAUAUUGGAUGCGAUUUCUUCAGGACCAGUUGAUGCCCGUGUUAGUGAAAAUUCUACCAUGGUUGGUGUUGGCAUGUGCAUGGAAGGAAUAGAACAAAAUCCAGUUGUUUAUGAGUUGAUGUCUGAGAUGGCAUUUCGUAAUGAGAAAGUCCAAGUUCUGGAAUGGCUGAAGUCCUACACCCAUAGACGCUAUGGCAAAGCAAUUCGAGAAGUUGAAGAAGCAUGGGAAAUAUUAUAUCACACAGUUUACAAUUGUACAGAUGGAAUUGCGGACCAUAACACAGAUUUUAUAGUUAAAUUUCCAGAUUGGGAUCCAUCACCAUAUUCUAAAUCUGACAUAUCGAACCAAGACAAUACAAAUAAGCUGCCUACACUACCUGGAGGCAGAAGAUUCUUGUUCCAAGAGAUAAAUCUGCCUCAGGAGGCCCAUCUAUGGUAUUCUGCUGAGGAGGUGGUCAAGGGUUUAAAACUUUUCCUUGCAGCUGGAAAUGAUCUCGAAGGGAGCCUCACAUAUAGAUAUGACUUGGUUGACCUGACCCGGCAAGUACUCUCAAAACUGGCAAACCAAGUAUACAUAAAUGCAGUGAUUGCUUUCCUGCAGAAAGACCUUGAAGUUUUGACUGUUCGAAGUCAAAAGUUCGUUCAACUUAUAGAGGAUAUAGAUGUGCUUCUUGCUUCUGAUGACAAGUUUCUGCUUGGAACAUGGCUUGAAAGUGCAAAAAAGUUGGCAUUGAGUCCUAGUGAGAUGAGACAGUAUGAGUGGAAUGCUAGAACGCAAGUUACAAUGUGGUAUGAUACUACAGCAAUCAAUCAGAGCAAGCUUCAUGAUUAUGCAAACAAAUUUUGGAGUGGACUAUUAGUAAGCUAUUAUCUGCCACGAGCUUCAAGCUACUUCCGUUACUUGUCAAAGAGCCUAAAGGAAAAUGAACCCUUUAGGUUGGAGGAAUGGAGGAAAGAAUGGAUAUCAUUAUCAGGCAAAUGGCAAUCAGGUAAUGAGUCUUAUCCAGUUAAAGCAAAAGGGGAUUUCCUUGCAAUUUCUAAAGCAUUGUUCAAAAAAUAUUUUGGUUGACCAUGCAUUUGUUGUGGAAUUCAUGUUCUUUAGUAAUGACAUCAGAGGGUACAGAUGCCAGAUAUAUUAUGCUGAAAACUUCCCUUUAUUAGAUAAAUAUUGGAGUGGACAAUUAGAAGGCUACUAUCUGCCAUCUGAUCUCUUCUCUAUUAGUUCAAUUCUUACCCAAUAAAACAAUAAUUACACAACUGCUUA